CUCUUCCGCGUAACCGUCACUUAUAAAGAUACGGAGACAUUGAAAUUCAUUUCAGUAGUUAGCCCGGUAAAGCCCAGACAUGAAAAAAGCUUUAGCCAACAAGAAAGCAAAAUACAUUGUAUCCAGAAAGGACCGAGGAGAAAGUGCAUUUACCGAACAUGGUGAAUCAGAAGAUCGACCGACUGGUUUUGGGCCUUCCAGUUCAACGUUAGAAAAGAGAAGCAAAAUAAAAUACUCGUUGAUUGUACUUGCUGUUGUUUGUGUAUGUAGUGUUGCUAUUCCGCUGAUUGUUAUUUUUCACAAUGACAUUACAGACGAAAACACAGGAUCAUCGACAAUAUCACCAAAUGAUGCCGAAAUGGAAGAAAGUUCAACUGAGCCAUCUGGAAAUUCAACAAGAAAAGGAACGGAAGAAACUACAUCACAGAGCCCUACAUCAUUAGCAAAGACUACAAUGACAAAGUCAGUGACGACAACACAACCAGAUUCAACUGAAGUAACAAGUACAGCAGGAAAUGUAGAGAGUACAACCGAGCCAUCUGGAAAUUCAACAAAUGAAGGAACGGAAGAAACUACAUCUCAAGGUCCUACAUCAUUGGCAAAGACUACAGCGACAAAGUCAAUGACGACAACGCAACAAGAGGUAUCUGGAAAUCCAACAAGUGGAGAAACAACGGAAGAAACUACUUCUCAAGGCCCUACAUCAUUACUAAAGACCACAGCGACAAAGUCAAUGACGACAACGCAACCAGAUUCAUCUGAAGUAACAAGUACAGCAGGAAAGGUAGAGAGUACAACCGCAGUGAGCCACAUAUCAACGACAAUGAAUAUCACACAAACAGGGUUUUGGUCACCUUGGGGUGUUUGGACAUUAUGCACAGUAACUUGUAACUAUGGAAUACAAACACGUUACCGAACUUGUAACAGUACAGGGUGUAUAGGUGAAAUUGUUGAAAAGAAAAAUUGUGUGGAAAAAAAAUGUCCAGUGUAUGGGAAAUGGUCCUCCUGGAGCCAGUGGGGAAGUUGUGACGUCACAUGCGGUGGAGGAAAACAGAUUCGGUCACGUGUGUGCUCAAAAUUGAGUUCCGAUGAUCGUGAAUGUGUAGGAAUAAGUUCGCAAAAUAAAACAUGUUCAGAAUGGAAAUGCCCGGAUUGCAAUCGAAUAUGCGCUAAAGGAAAUAUAAAUGACAAAUGCGAUGCAUGCAUAUGUGAAGGAUCGGUUUUAACUGGUAGAGUACUCGCUGCUAAUACAGGUCAUCCAGUGAGCAAUGUUGCAUUUUAUGCCAUCACAUCACCGACAGAUCUUUUGGUUGAAAGUAACUCAACUGGCUUCUUUACUUUGGAAAAUGUGUGCACAGAUACUGAAAUACUAUUGUCAAGGCCUGGCUUUGUUGACCGCACUGUACGUGUUACAGGUGCUCACAUGCUAGUGAACAUGUCGAAAUUAGUAUUACCCUAUUUGACGGAAACGCCACAGUCUAAAAGCAGGCUUGUUGGAGAAAAUGUUACUUUGUGCUGUAAAGCUGUUGCAAGUCCGGCAAUUGUUAACUAUGAAUGGCUGAAGGAUGGUCUUAUUCUGGAAGAACACCUGUACACAGAAGGGAAUAAACUAAAUUUGUUCAGCUUAUCAGUAACAGAUAGUGGAAUUUAUCAAUGUAGAGCUAACAGCAGGGCAGGGGCUAUAAUGUCUCCAACUUCAAAACUAAUUGUAAAAGAGACGGCCGAUCACUUUUGUUCUGAUGCAUUGCAACAAAAGUCAAUAGCGCUACCCGAUGAUUGUGUUCAACAAAGUACCAAUACAGCAAAAUACAAUGUUGGCGAGUGCAUAGCUAAGAGUUGCAGAGAAAAUUCAACCUUUGACAGUGGUUCAUGUCACGAUGACACAACGUCAUGUUGUACAAUAGGUGAAUCAAAGCUGGAAAAGAUUAUGUGUUCAGGCUAUGAACUUGAUGUAAUUGUUGUUACAUCUUGUAGUUGCAGAUCAUGUAUCUCAAACUCUCUUACCAUUUAUGGAACUGCACGUGGAUUGGAAGAUGGAUUUCCUCUGAAAUAUGGCGAAGUAUUCGUAAAUGGCGUAUUUAUAACUUUUACAAGUAGCUCCGGUACCUUUAGUUUUGUAGCAUCUAAAGAUUCUCCGAAAAUAACAUUGAACUUGCGAGAUGUUUACAUAAAGCGAUUUCUUCCAGCAGUAAAAGUAAUCGAAAUCAAUGACAAUUUAAAAGGAGUUCUUCGUGUGGAGAUCCAAAUGAUCCAAAAGGCAGAACCAGUUCAAAUUGAUUCAUCAACAGAAAACUCCUUGAUAAUAGGUAAAUCACCUUUGUCGUCACCAGUCCAUGUGUCAGUACCAGCAAAUGCAUUUUACCUUCAAAAUGGUUCUGAGUAUGUUGGAACUGUUCAAGCUAGUUUAGCAUUUAUAGACCCAACGGAUAUAUCAAAUUUCAAUAAUGUUCCCGGUUCUCUUGAAAUUGUCGAUGAAGAAGGGCAAAGAGCUGAACUUGCAUCACAAGCAAUAUUCAACCUUAACUUUGAAGAUUCUUCGGGAAACCCAUUAGUUUUAGAUGAAGUUAUUGAUCUGUACCUUCCAGACGACGUAAGUACAAAUAUUGGUGACAAAGGUGUACAAUUAUGGGGACUUAACACUGAAACUGGAAUUUGGGAAAAUAUAGCCCAUGGAACUGGAAAAAGAAGGCGUAAGAAGCAAAGUUCUCGCUGGAUUGGUGAGAUUGAUUGGUCAAUUAUUUCAGAUUUUGAUUGGUUUAAUUACGAUUAUGUUGAGCAAGUAACCCAAAAACCCUGUUACUUUAAAAUAAGACUUUUUCAAGAUGAAAAAUUGUUAACAACUGUUGUGAAUCCCGAAAAGCUAAUUGAAGUUAGAAGUCAUAUUCUUAGAGACAACAAAACAACAUUAAGAACAGUGAGUGACUUCCUAUUUUCUCCAGAAAACGAAUGUAUUAUAGGUAUAUGCGAGGAUGAAUAUGCAUAUAUAACACUCCAUUACUUUGGGAGAAAAGGUGACGAAUUACUUUUUGCUGGACUUCCUAAAAUUGUUCAAGGUAUUUCAAAUUAUGAGCUUAUGGAUAAUAACAAUACACUGAAGAUUCAAAUGUCGUUAUCAAGCAUUGGACCGUUUUACGAGAACGAGACACAGUGUAUGGUAAGUGGAAAAGAUGAAAACCACCUGAGAUAUCACUACGGAGAAACCACGGAAUUGUUUACUUAUAAUAAAUUUUAUUCCCCUUCACAAGGAGACCAGAUGCAAAAACUCAUGGAGCAAAGAACCUGGUAUCGACAACACACGCAAAUUGGCUACAAAGUGUGUUUUAUCAAAGUCCGAAUUCUAAUUGAAGUGGCAUACUUAUAUCCUGGUCAAUAUAUAAAACUGCGAGCAACAAGCAAAGGUGGAACAAAUGAGAAUACUCAAAAUUUUACUUUCGGAAUAAGGGAGCAUUACGUCCAAAAUUUAGAAGACACGACAUUCUGCGUAGAAUAUAAAUGUAGUGUACAGCUAGAAACAGAGGAAAUGAACGAUUACACGAAAUUAGAAAUCAAACUUAUUUACCCACAAAGCGAAUUCACAAGCAAUUUAACGCGAGAGGAAGAUUUUAUUACAAAUUUUCCAGACUUACAAAAUGCGGCACAAAUCGGAAGACGUGAUGGAAUCUUUGAAAUUUACGUUCCGGCAGUUUAUACCGAUCCUGAUCUUGGCCUUUAUGCGGGAUUGUCUGACAUGUUAGAUAUAGACAGAGCGACUAAUACGGCUAGGGGUGAAUGCAUAUCUGGAAAGCCUCACAAACAAAAUGAAAACAAUCCCGAGCUUGGUGUUGCAAUUUUCUUUUCUUUGAAGUGAUCCGUAUAAACACAUCGUAUCGAACCUCUUUUAUUACUUUUGUUAAACUGCUAAAAAGAUUUAUUACGAAAGAUAUUUCUGAUACGUGUAAGUUAAUUAUAAUAACGUAAAAGCAGUCAGAUUUUAACAUCAAUUUUCUCAUCUAUAUAGUAUUGCGUAAUUAUAAUAGCAAUUUACACAACUUUGUAUCUAUUUUGAUAAUUUAUCAAUAAAAUUACCAAAUAAGCAAUACACUUACUGUUUCAUCGUUUUCGUUCUUAACAGAAAGAUGAAAUUAUCUUACUGCAGUUUUUCUGUUGUAAUUUUCUUGCUUGUAUAUAUAUUUGUUUUAUGCUUUCUUUUAAACAUAUUGUUUUUGAGCCUAAAAUGAUUUUGUGUGGGUUUCGCUACAGUUUAUGUACAGUCUAUGUAUAUGAUGUGAAGAAGAUUUAAACAAUAUAAGAACACUAUACUUCUUGUUCAUGGACGCGGCAUCAAAUACCGACUAUUUCCUAAAAGAUUCACGAUAAUUUUCAAUCGAACAUAUUAAAUAGCGCUUUAACUAAUCUGAGUUACUAACAACCCUCAAGAUUUUCUUUUAUAUUUUGUUUUAUUCUUCAUGUAUAUUUUUUCGAUUUACUUUGUUAACAUCUUUUUUCAUGUGGCGAUAUGGAGAAAAAAAUUGAAAUUCAGUUAAGCUUAGAUAUUUGUGACAUUAACUAAAAUUCUGAAAAAAAUUCCAUUUUGUUUUAAUUUGCAAUUUAUUGUAAAUAAAUUUUUAUCAAUGAACGAUCAUUCCUUUUUUUGAAAACACGAAAUAAAACUAUAUUUUUUUCAAACACAUUAUUAUGAUUUUGUGACAAUAUUUGAAUUAAUACAGUAUGUUAUUCUUGUUUGUGCUAUCAGAUGUUUGCUUUAUUUGUGUUUAUCAGUGACCGCUAUGUAAAUAAAUUUAUACACAAUA